AUGGCAGCGGCGCGGCGACACAAGCGUCUGCUGCUGAGCUUCGGAGGCGCGCUGGCGGCUUGCUGCGCGUUGGCGGCCGCGGUAUCCGCCGGACUUCCUCGUUGGCUGGACGGGUUCGUCCUCUGCAGAACCGGAGCUGAACUCGUCAACGCCACCGGGAACGAACUCGACAAGUUCGUGGGCCGACUCGCAUAUGGCCUUUUCCACGGAGAAAGAGUGAAGACCUGCGGCCUGGGCGGCAGGACCUCGCGAUUUUCAAUGUUUUCAGAGUUAUUGGACGCUAUACCAGCAGGUCUUCAUGUGACCAUCAUCUUCUUCUGUGGCGCUUUGAUAGUCUUCUCUUCUGUGUCCAGCGGCUUCUUCUUUUUCAAUGCGUUUGGACGUCCUUACGAGACACUGCACGGGCCUCUGGGACUUUACUUGUGGACAUCCAUCUGUUGUGCGUGCAGCUUCCUGGUUGUGGUUCUGUUCGUGUCUGAGGUGAAAGUUGAGCGUCUGUCGGAGCGCAUCGCCAACUUUGAGGAGGUGACCUUCAGGUUCCAAACGCACAGCGAGCGUUAUGACGUCUGCUUCUGGAUUGUCCUCCUCAUCUUCUUUCUGCAUGCGCUCAACGUGGCGGUGAUCCGCAUGGCGGGGAUGAAUUUCCCUUUCCGGCGGGGAAAAGAUUCGGAGCCGGGUGGAGGCGCUGCCGACCUCAUGUACUGA